GGAAUUCCGAAAAAAAUGACGUCCAUCAAAGAACUCAAAGCGCCCGAACUUUUAACGAAACAUUUUUUGAACAAUCCCAAAAGCCGCCACUCUGACAAUACUGCAACCUGACGUGAGCACUUUUUGGAUUCAUAAAAGAAUUCAAUUCCUUCAUCCAUUAGCAACCGAAAUGCCAGUGUAACUCUAGGAAAGCGAAAUGUCAAAUGGAGGAAAUGCUGGGAAAAAAUCCUCUUCUUAUUUCCACUUUGGAGCAGGAUUAGGAUCAGGAAUUCUCUCUGCAGUUCUCCUCCAACCCGCCGAUCUUCUCAAGACCCGUGUGCAACAAAGUAACCAUGCCUCUCUCUUCACCACUAUUCGCGAGCUUUCGCAGUCACCAAAUAGCAUCCGGUCUUUUUGGCGGGGAACCGUUCCUUCUGCUUUACGCACGGGAUUCGGUUCCGCAAUCUACUUUACCAGUUUAAAUGCUCUGCGACAGAAUGUCGCAAGAUCGAAUCUCCUCAGGACGAUUGGCGUGGUGGAACAGAAGAGCAUGGUACAUUCAUCUAGUCUACCCAAGUUAUCGAAUCUAGCGAAUUUGACAACGGGGGCCGUGGCGAGAGCUGGAGCCGGCUUUAUUCUCAUGCCUAUGACGAUUAUCAAAGUAAGAUAUGAAUCGAAUUUGUAUGCGUAUAAAUCGAUCGCGGGUGCGGGGCGAGAUAUAUUUCUCACUGAAGGGUUUCGAGGAUUUUUCUCCGGGUUUGGAGCUACGGCGAUUAGGGAUGCUCCGUAUGCGGGACUCUACGUGUUGUUUUAUGAAGAGCUGAAGAAGAGGCUGAGUCACAUUGUACAUUCGUCUCCUCAAGUUGAGGGGUUGGCUGAGAAAGUGGAUUUGGGGUUGAGCAAAAAUAUGAAGGGGAGUACGAGCGCUUCGAUCAAUUUUGGAUCGGGAGUAUUGGCAGCAGGGCUGGCGACGGCGAUUACGAAUCCUUUUGAUGCGAUUAAAACGAGGAUUCAGUUGCAGCCGAAGAAAUAUACAAAUUUGGUUAUGGCGGGGAAGAAGAUGGUGGGAGAGGAGGGUGUGAAGAGUCUUUUUGAUGGGCUGGGGCUGAGAAUGGGGAGAAAGGCUGUUAGUUCUGCUUUGGCUUGGACGAUUUACGAGGAGCUUAUUAGGAGAGCUGAGGCGGUUUUGAAGAGAGAGAAAGAGUUGGUUGUUUGAUGGAGGAGAGAAAAGUGGAGGAGUAUAGACGAAUUCGCUACUCACAUCUUUUGACUUGUAUAUUACUUUUCAGUGCCCUCAUCAAUAUUGGAGCCAUGCUAUUUACAUCACUUCUGACA